AUGGUUUCCCUAUUAAUCUUGACCAUUUUCGUAUUACCUUCGGCAUGUUUGGAACUUUUUUUACCCUCUAAAAAUUUUGACAAGGAUAGCUUUCAUAUAUACCAGAAUAUUAACUACAACCAUUCAGUUUUUUACGCUGCCCAUGUUACCCAUGUCUAUGUUAAAUAUGAGAGUAAAACAGAUGAUUUGAUCCGAAGAGUUUUUUACCACGGAGUGGAAAUUUUCCAUGAUCAGGAUGAAAGGGAUCCCGACUUUAGGCGCAUUGUAAAUUAUACCAUCAUGGGCAGUAGGGUCGUUAUAUCAAUCCUUCCUACAGUAGGUGAUAAACCACCUAGUUUUGAGGAAUACGAAGCCUAUUACUUUAUAGAUCACGGCUGUAUGUACGACCUUGCCCAUAACGUGCCUCAUUCAAUUCGAGUUGAAAAUAGAUCAAAUGCAGUUAAAGAGGAUGAUAUUUACAUUUUUUUAGAAAGAAGAUUUACCCAUGGCAUUCUUGCAACUAUGCCAGUUAUGGCAAUCAGGAAACUCUUCAGAUUCUUCUUCCCCAGAAGGAUUAUUGAAGAAGAUACUGACGAUUCUACAACUGAUACCUCAUCAGAACAAUCUACUGAUGUUUCAUCUGAUACAUCAGAAGAUGUUUUCUCGGGAUCUUCAGUUAAAUAUGUAGAUGAAACUGUGUCUGAAGAUCUAGAAGAAUCAUUUGCCCCUGCAACCUCUAGACUUCCCCGUAUAGCAGAGGAUAGAUACGAUGAGUACCAGUUAAGAGGAAAUCUAGAAGGAGAAGAUGAAGAAGAUGAAUUUGAAAACAGUGAAAAGGAACAAAUUACCAUAAUCGACCCUAAAGAUACUCUUUCCAUGAAAUUAAAUCUUCAAUCAAACCUCAAACUCUAG